UGUUCCUGGAGAGACAGUGAUCUCCACAGAGUGAUUUUAAUUCUCAACAUUAGAUCUGCUUCGUCUUCAUUUGCACUUUAUUUCUGUUCUUAAAAACACCACGGUACCCAAAAAUACACUGAAUGAGGGGCCGGCAGAUUGACACUCUCUUUGUGCACAGACUAAUUGUUGUUAGGCUCGUUUAUUAGAGCUCCUAAUAAAUCUGACAGUCUAGUUACAUGACUUAGUUACGUCGUGUUGUUGAACUUUGGAUGCGAGUUUGGAUCUCCGCUGUCAUCUCUGAUGGACAGGUGUCAGUCGGGUGUCAGGUGGAAUGCUGGUUUCAAGCUCAUAGUGUGUCCCUGAACGCAGUAUUGUGUCCACUGAUGGCAGUCAGAGCUCGUCCUCGUGCUCCUGAUCACCUUCCAAACAAACAUCGCUUACUGUCUCUACAGUGGAAUUAGCUUCGUGCGUCUGCGCGCACCCGCGGCUUCAAGAUUGAAGGACGUUGGGAAAAGUGGGCGUUCCGGGGACGCGCAAGUGAUGCAUGCCAUCCGUUAUAGUGGAUCGGCUGGUAAUAAGUGAAUGACCUUAUAGUGGCGGUGUAAUGUCUCACCGCUGAGGGAUUGGGGGGUUUGGAGAUAAUAAAGCGUGACUUCCUCAGUCUCCCGUCAUUCAGUCGCUGAUUCAUGGGGAUGCCGACCUGAGCCCCGCACACUCCCUGCAUGCUCCACAGCGGGCGGAUGAACACCUGUAGCUGGGUAGUAUCACACAAACUGGUCGCUCUGAUCCAUGUGGAGCUCAUUAUUUCCAUCGUGAAGAUCAGCGCGGUGCGACGCGCGGUGUCGGUUGGUGAACUUUUUCCACACAGAGGAUCCGUGCAACCCGCGGCUGGAGUUCAGGCUUCUGCUUAACUUGUUGAGAAAGGUAUACAAAUGCUCUCCGUCCAGCCGGACACCAAGCCAAAAGGCUGUGCCGGCUGCAACCGGAAGAUCAAGGACCGCUACCUGCUGAAGGCCCUCGAUAAGUACUGGCACGAGGACUGCCUGAAGUGUGCCUGCUGUGACUGCAGGUUGGGCGAGGUGGGCUCCACACUCUACACCAAAGCCAACCUCAUCCUGUGCCGGAGAGACUACCUACGGUUGUUUGGUGUAACAGGGAACUGCGCAGCUUGCAGCAAACUAAUUCCAGCCUUCGAGAUGGUCAUGAGGGCCAAGGAGAAUGUCUACCACCUGGACUGCUUCGCAUGCCAGCUCUGCAAUCAGAGGUGAGUGAUUGGACCACACUUCUGCUCCUCUCCUAUACCUGCAUCUAGGCAGAUGGCUGGUCAGGGAAGCCACUUUGCAGUGUUGUGAAUCCCAAGUGCUCCUGAUAGUUGAAGAAAAGGAUCCCACAUUAGAGAUUCAUCACUCUAACCAGUGACUAAGUAGACACAUCUGGGGCCAAAGGGAUCUGCUGGAGUCAGAACGGUGAUUAUAACCCUGCACUACUAUUGUACAUUUGCCACACUAGAGCUACAGGUGCAGUUACAUAGCCACACAUACACUUCCUGUCAGUCCUCAUUAUUGGGACUACACCUAUAUUCUGUAGACAGGAUGUGGACAGAGAUUUGGGACUUGCCACACAGCACCAGAGGAAAGGGAGCAAUUUGAAGU